AUGACAGAUCCCUUCCCCUCCUACCUCAUCACACCCGCAGAAUACCACAAUGUAGUCACCACCACCCCGACCACCACACGACGCAUAAUCCCCUUGGCAGCAGGGCGGCCCGCGCUUCUUCCGGCGUUUGAAGCCCACCACCUCCCUGGCACGAAAUUCUUUGAUCAGUCCGUCAUCCGCGAUGCUACCUCCCCCUACCCCCUCAUGCUCCCCACCGCCGAAGCCUUUGCCGCCGCCAUGACAGCCCUCGACAUCCGGCCCUCCGACAUCCUCGUCGUGUACGACGCAUACGAGAUCGGGACCUAUAGCGCGCCGCGCGUGGCGUGGAUGUGCUCGUUCUUCGGCCACGACGCGGUGCAUGUUCUGAAUAACUUCCGCGUGUAUGUGGAUUUGGGAUACCCGGUGAGCUCGGGGGAGAUUGAGAAAGCGGGCGGCGGUGGGGUUACGAAAGAGCCGGGGGAUGCGUAUUCCGUCGCAACGGUCCCGGAUCCUAAGAGACUGAUCUCAUAUGAGGAGGUUAAGGGGUUAGUCGGGGAUGAAGAGGUUAAGAUUGUGGAUGCGAGAAUCGCGGGUCGAUUCAGCGGGACGCAGAGUGAAGAGGACACCAGCUUGCGGUCGGGGCAUAUUCCUGGCGCAGUCAAUGUGCCUCUGGCGAGGUUAUUGGAUGAGACCUCCAAGGUGAUACUGCCCGCUUGCACACUCAAGGACAUCUUUGAGGAGGCAGGGGUGCCUGUCACGAACGAGGUUCCACGGUCAUGGAUCUUGACCUGUAACUCCGGCGUGACUGCCGCUGCACUGGAUCUAGCGCUUUCGGAAAUCGGCGCGAAGGGCCCUAGAAGGUUAUAUGAUGGUAGUUGGAUGGAAUGGACAAGGCGAGCCGAGGAAGAGCUGGUGGUCGUUGACACAAACAGCUGA